UAUCUCCGCCAAGUCGAUAGACCCCUGACAGACGCCGGCAAAGUGCAAACUCGAAACAAAAUUGCCAAUUUGAAUGUGAAGAAGCUGUGGCGGCUGCGACCCAACUCUAAACAUGGCCCAAACGAGCUCCAUGAAGUUGCUGGGCGCCAGGAACAUGACCUGCAUCGUGGAGCGCAUGGAAUGGAAUAACAAAAUGGACCUGAUCGCCUAUGGCACGGAAAAGGGUGAAGUAAUCAUCCAGCGACUGAACUGGCAAAAAAUCGUCACAUUCCCCACCCCGGGAGAGGAUGUGCGGGUGCGCUCGCUCAGCUGGCAGAUGGACGAGACGCUCCUGGCAGUGGGCUACAGUAACGGGAAGGUGGCUCUCCUGGACGCAGAGAGCGAGACGAUAAUCUCGGGCCUUAUCUACGAGGACGACAUCAAGAAGGUCUACUUCAGCAAGGUCAUAAACUCGCAGGAGACCCUGGGCACCUACACCUGCAAUGUGAAGGAUAAGCACCGGAAGUUCCUGCCCAAGCUACAGCCUCUGACCAACAUCGAUCCCUGCCUGAAGACGCUCGACCAAAAAUCAUUCCCGAAGGGCUCACCCUGUUUUCUGGUAGUUAUCAUGCGCAGCGGCAAGGUGCAUCUGCUGCUUUUGGGCGCUCUACAGGCUGGCAGUAUUGACCUUACUCAGCAUGUCCUGCAUCCUGAGCAGUUCGACGUCUACGAUGUCCGACUUAACGGCGAUUUUAACGCCAUUUAUGCUCUGCUUCGGGACGGACAGCAACUGAAGAUGCUACACUUCCACAACCAAGUACUGCAGGAGUGCAUGGCGCCCAUGCUGGAGUUAGCCACCCAUUGUGCCCAUAUUCUGGAGACUAAGAACUACAUCAACGACACCCAGCAAUGUUUGACGGAGGCCUGGGAAACCGUACAGCUGGAAAUGGACAACAAACUCACUAAAUAUGCAAACGCACAGCCCUACGGUUUGAUAUCUGCUCACUUUCUGGAGCUGCAUGUUUUUGGAUUCGCCACCUUUGAGGUGGAGGAGUUUCUGUUCGACACCCUGUCGGAGAAGGGCUUCAAGAAAAUAGCCAACUCUGUAGAUCUGAGUCUGAGCAACCUGCAAGGUUUGGUGUUCAAACAACUUAAUGCAGCUUCCAUAAACAUGAUGUACUUUCUGAACACAAUUGCUGGCUUCGGUCGGAUGUCGCACUUCUUUGAGUCGCUCAUUUCACCGGAGAUGGCCAACGAGGCGAUGCGAGCCUGUGGCGCUUUUGUUUUGAAGGUUUACGAAAUGCAGAAAACCAUUGACACACUGGUGUACGACAUGAAGCUCUUUCACGCCUGGAUGAUUUUCACCAUUUUGCGUUUAUCCCAUCAAGAAAUACCCGAUGAUCUUGUCCUGACCGAGGAAGAGAAUAUAGCAUUGGCCGAUUUUCUGUGCGCUAUGGAGCCGGAACUCGAGGAUCGUAGCGACGAAGAGGAGGAAUCUGAAGCAGACUUGCUGUCGGAAACACCACCGCCCACAAGGAACAAGUUUAACCUGGAACGCGUGGGACAGUACUUCGAAAACGCACAGCUCACCCAGCCAUACACCAAGGACCCCAGUCAGCUAUGGGAACAGAUGGUAGCAGAGAAUGAGUGCAUUAACCACUGCAAUCUGUUUGUGCCACACGACAAGCAACUGUCUCUGGUCCAGCAACGGGAGAAAAUGUUCAAUGCAAUCGACGCUGUAUUCCACAAGCCAACCGAGAGUAUAAGUGGAAGCUUCAAGCUAGCUUCGGCGGUUCUUUGUGCCGACCUGCCCCCAAUGGAGCCAGGCGAAGCCCUGGAGGAUCGCGAAUUCGUGACAUGCAGCUAUUACGUCAAUGAGAAUACAAAAUGUGAUAUGCUGGCUCUGACCAUCAGCUGGCAGGAAGCCAUGAUUUUGGAGGUCAGCAGAGCAGGGGACUGUCUGCUGCGCUGCACAAAGAUUCAGUUGCAACCGGGUAUCUUUACGCCAGCCCUUCAUGAGGACUUUUACCACCUGCGCUUCGUGGACCUUCAGUUCUACAAUGAGUCGGCGCUUUCCAUGCUGGCGCAGACCACGACAUCGGCUCCCGGUAUCCGGCCACACAGCUACUUCAUACAGUUCUCGCUUGCAGCAGCCAGAAACCAGAGCACCCAGCACCAAAUGGGAACACUGGUGAAGCUCAAGGAAGCUACAGUAACCCACAGUAUCCAUGACGUUGCUGAUGGAGUCGCCUUUAAGGGAUUAGAUGGCGUGUGCGAGAUGCUAGCCGUUUCUGGUAGCCGGAAAGUGGCUACAGUUCUCUCGGAUCGGAAGCGAAAAAUGACAAUUUUCGAGAUGGAGGUCGAGGAGGAGGAGGACGAUACAGAGAUGUCGCAAGCAUCCUUUCUGGAGAUCAGCAAGGAGUCUGUUUUGGCCGGCGCAGGGGAUACAGAAAAGGUGGAAACGUAAAUUCUUUAGAGUUCUUAAAUAUUUUAGAGUUCCCAUUUUGUGGUUGAGAGUUGAAUUCAAGACCCCUAAAUAUACAUAUGUUGCUGCUAAAUAUAAUAAAUAAAUUAUAUAUUUGAAUCGUUUUUCCGAUUGAAACG